GGGCGGAAGCGGCGGCGGGGCAGGGCCGUGGCGGUCGGUGCCGCGUCCCGUCCGACCCCGCGACCCUCGGCGCGGCCAUGGCGGAGCCCCCGCGGCCGCAGCGGAAGCUGUCCCGGGUCGGGGAGAGCCUGUACCGCGUGCUGGGGCUGCAGAAGGGCAGCUCCCCCGAGGAGAUCAAGAAGGCCUAUCGGAAGCUGGCUCUCAAGUACCAUCCGGACAAGAACCCCGAUGACCCAGCGGCAGCCGAGCGGUUCAAGGAGAUCAACAGCGCCCACGCCACGCUGAGCGACGCGGACAAGCGCCGCCUGUAUGACCAGUACGGCUCCCUCGGCCUCUACGUGGCCGAGCAGUUCGGCGACGAUGCUGUCCGGCACUACUUCCUCAUGUCCAAGUGGUGGUUCAAGGCACUGGUGCUGUGCUGCGGAGCCCUCACCUGCUGCUGCUGCUGCUGCUGCUGCUUCUUCUGCUGCGGGACGUGCUGCCCGCCCAAGGAGGAUGAGUCCUACAAGUACGUGGACCCCAAGGACCUGGAGGCACAGAUGUGCACAGAGGACAACGAUCCUCAGAUCCCUGUUAUAGCACAGCCCCCGCCUGCCAGCACGGAGCCGCUGCCAGCCAGCACCAGGAGUGAUGCCUGAGGCUGGCCCCAUCCUGCCGGCUCCCCGAGGACUCGGGGCAGGGACUCUCCUUUGGGACUGUCACUUUCUGGGACCACGGUCCCGCCCCCCGGACUGGCUCAUCAGCCUCGGGAGGGAUAUAAUCUCAGGUUAAUUUGGCCAGCAUCAAUGCACAGGCUCCUGGGCCCCUGCUCGAGCUCCAGGGCAAUGCCCCAGUGUCCCAGCACUGGCGGUGGCAGUGGCCUGGAGCCCGUGCUGCUGUGGCCCCCUUGAGUGCCUUGCCCAUGCCCAUAUCGGGCACCGAGCAGCAGGCAUGAGCAGGGAUGCUCCGGGCCAAGCUCUGGAGCUCGCCAAGCUGAGACCAUUAGCACUGUAACCUCUGGGGCUGGGCUGAGCCCGCUGCCCCCCUGCAGCCCUCCCGCUGGGUGCUGGGUGCCAAACGCUGCUGUGGGGUUGGGGUGCUCCUAUCUGUGCCCCUUUCCUCUGCCCUCUGGGUUUGUCUAGGUUUUUGUGGGCACCAUUAAAGGCUGACGGGAGGGGA